UACGAUCCCCGCACAGUAUCACAGCAACAGAAAUGGCCGCUUUGCGGAGGCUCUUCCUGGCCGUGAACAAGGCUGCUGGGUUUAAUUUCUCAUCCGUGCUACGAAAUGAGCGCCUCGGGCCGCAGGCAAACAAGAAAACGGGUGUUCAGAGGUGCAUUGCGGCCGGGAUAUGUCUCGCUGCCGGGGGUGCCGUGGCAUAUUACUGUUACCGGGAGAUGUGUGACGACAGACGCAGAAGGCGACUCGGGUACAGACCUAACAGAGGACCUUUGCUUCCCUCACUCCCCGCAGUAGCUGCAAAAGAAAAGGGCCGGCCGUUCGACUUUGAGGAUGGAGACGUGUACAUGUCGUCCCACGAGCACCGGUUCCGCUUGUUCAGCUCGGUGGAGUAUGAGGGACAGCUCUACAUGACCCCGCUGAAUUUCAUCGAGUCGGUCACCAUGAGCGAGCCCAAGAAUAAGAAGCCAUGGAGGUCCCUCACCAAACAGGAGCUGGAGAAGAUUUUGGCGGACACACCCCCCGUCUGGAAAGGAACUUCGAAACUGUUCCGGAACUUAAGGGAAAGGGGCAUCAUCGCUUACACGGAGUACCUCUUCCUGCUCUGCAUCCUGACAAAGCCUCAUGCAGGGUUUAAAAUCGCCUUCAACAUGUUUGACGCAGACGGAAACCAGAUGGUGGACAAGAGAGAGUUUCUGGUGCUGCAGGAGAUAUUCCGCAAGAAGAACGAGAAGAAGGGGCGGAAAGGGGAUGCCGAGAAAUCUGCGCAGCUGAAUUUGCAGCUGUAUGGAUAUCAGGUUGCCCCCGCCAACAGCGUUCUUAAAAAAGAGCCUCAGGAAUUUGCGCCCAGGAGCUACUGGGACGUUCUGAGACGCAGCACCAGCCAAGCUCUCUUUUCUGACCUGGCAGAGCGGGCGGAUGAGAACAUGAUGAUCGACACGACGCUGCUGGUGCACUUCUUCGGGAAGAAAGGGAAGGCCGAGCUGACAUUUGAUGACUUUUACAGAUUCAUGGACAACCUGCAGACAGAGAUGUUGGAGAUUGAGUUCCUCACCUACUCCAAGGGGAUGACCACCAUCAGCGAGGAGGACUUCGCCCGUAUCCUACUGCGCUACACCAACGUGGAGAAUAUCAGCAGCUACCUUGAGAAUGUCCGGCAGAGCAUUCCUGACGAGAAGAUGCAAGAGGGAAUCACAUUUGAGGAGUUCAGGUCCUUCUUCCAGUUCCUGAACAACCUGGAGGACUUUGCGCUGGCCAUGCAGAUGUACAACUUUGCAAGCCGCUCCAUCGGGCAAGAUGAAUUCGCCAGGGCAGUGUAUGUGGCCACAGGCCUAAAGCUCACCCGCCACCUGGUUAACACCAUUUUCAAGAUCUUCGACGUGGACCAUGACGACCAGCUGAGCUACAAAGAGUUCAUCGGCAUCAUGAAGGACCGCCUGCACCGAGGAACACGGGUGAGCGGUAGGCGGGGCGUGUCCUUCUCCACCUGCGUGCGGAGCCAGGCUGGGAAGCAGGUGAGGCAGCUGUGGAAGAGCUUCAGGGAAAAGACGUAGAGGAAGCGAGGGGACGAGGACCGCCGCGACGCCUGGAAGACCGCCCAUCGACCACAACACGACCGCACGCUCCGCGCCACUACCCUUCCGUUCCAAAGAUCUGUGGCGAAAGCCUCUCUCUGCGGAACCGCUAUCGAUACGCUCAGCGUUGCUGUGAUGUCAUUCGCAAUCAAACUCAAUCACAGCAAACCCAAGGCCUGCUUGUGCAUGAAUAUGCAUCAGCAUAUAAUGCAUAAUAAACACAUACUCAUGAAUGUUAGGGUUCAGGCAAGCCUGGGAAUUCUUUUGAUUUAGUACGGUUGCUUGCUACAGCACAGCAAUGCUAUGCACAUCGAUAGCAAUUACAGUCAUAAACAGAUUCGGCAAGUGUCUCAUUGCUAGUGAAUACGUAUAAGCAGUGAGGCUGUGGUGUUUCAGGUUUCUCUUCUCCCUGGAGAAACAUCCGGGACCACACACAGAUGAUAUUAUUCUUCCUCUUCCUCAC